AUGGCCAACAACAAAAGAGACACUAUUCGAUAUGAACUCGCCGGCGAUGAAACCCCCUACCUGAGCCCAGCUACGCCUACAACUCCCUAUCACGACUUCAGACAUACCGCCAGCACAGGCGACCUUCCAAAUGCAGCCGAAACGCCAACUGAGCCUGUCUUGGCUAGUUCUUCGUCAUCGACAUUCUCCAAUUUCGUUGGAAGCCAUGUUAAAACACGAGACGACGCCCGAGUCGAUAUUGAUUGCGACUCGAAGCUGGUCCGCACAUUCAGUCGCUUGUAUCAACUACCCGCCGAGAAACACGAUCCAGAAGACUCUCCAGCCCCAAACUACACCGAAGCACAACCGGGGAACAAAUCUUGGGCCACGAAACUCAACAUUGUCAUACAUGUCGUCGGUAGUCGUGGAGAUGUACAGCCCUUUAUUGCCCUCGGCAAUGAGCUACAACGAUACGGCCACCGCGACUUUGUGCGAGAGUCAAACCUGGAGUUCUACCCCAUUGGAGGAAACCCUGCCGAAUUAAUGUCCUAUAUGGUUAAGAAUCCCGGUUUAAUACCUAGUAUGAAGAGUCUGGCCGCUGGAGAGAUCCAGAAAAAACGCUGGAUGGUACAGGAGAUGCUGGAAAAGUUCUGGCUCUCAUGUAUAAAACCUGAUACUUUGACGGGUAACCCCUUUGUGGCUGAUGCAAUAAUUGCCAACCCUCCUAGCUUUGCGCACGUACACUGCGCGCAAGCGCUCGGAAUCCCAGUGCACUUGAUGUUUACGAUGCCUUGGAGUAGCACCAGAGCCUUCCCUCACCCAUUAGCCAAUUUGAAGAAUGUUGGCAGUGAUCCUCGCGUUGAAAACUACCUCUCGUAUGGUAUUGUUGAAUGGUUGACCUGGCAAGGUUUGGGGGACCUGAUCAAUAAAUGGCGACGAUCAAUCGACCUAGAAGAGGUGGCUAUGUUCGACGCCCCGAUGCUCACGCAGACGCUCAAGAUCCCGUUCACAUACUGUUGGUCCCCAGCCUUGGUACCAAAACCCGCUGACUGGGCAUCUCAUAUUGAUGUGUGCGGAUUCUUCUUCCGAGACGCCCCGAAGUUUUCUCCUCCGCAAGAUCUGGCCGAGUUUCUGAGUGCCGGUCCACCACCCGUCUACAUCGGAUUUGGAAGUAUCGUGUUAGAUAAUCCAGAAAAGACUAUCGGAAUUAUCCUAGAUGCUGUCAAAGCUACUGGUGCACGUGCUAUCAUUUCCAAAGGGUGGUCUGACCUGGCGGGCUCUGCAAAUGAGAACGUGUACUGGAUAGGAGACUGCCCUCACGAAUGGCUUUUCCAGAAAGUUGCCGCCGUUAUUCAUCAUGGAGGAGCAGGUACAACAGCCUGUGGACUAAGGAACGGGAAACCCACAACCAUCGUUCCGUUCUUCGGCGAUCAACCCUUUUGGGGCGAAAUGGUGGCCAAGGCAGGUGCAGGACCAUUUCCGAUACCACACAAAGAACUCAGCGUAGAGAAUCUUUCACACGCUAUAAAGUUCUGUCUUUCGGACGAGGCCACUGCCGCUGCAGCAAUCAUAGCCAAGAAGAUGGAAUCAGAAGUGGGAGUCCGCGCUGCUGUGCAGUCAUUUCAUAGGCAUCUUCCCCUUGAGAGAAUGCGAUGCGACCUCAUUCCAACUGAGCCUGCUGUGUGGUCAUACUCCAAGUCAAAGCGGCCUAUAAGGCUUUCCAAGAUGGCGGCGGAGAUCAUCCUUUCCAAAAGGCCAGAAGAAGCCAAGCAUAUUAAAGCCUAUCAGAGUAAUCCUAUCCGUAUCGAAACAACGAGAUGGGAACCUAUUUCCGGAGGCGCUUCUGCAGUCAUGGCAACGGCAACAGAUAUGGCCACCGGAAUUACUGGUAUGGUCACAAGGCCAGUCGACGAGUAUAGAUACGAACAACAUCUGCGUAACCUCGAGUUGAAGCAGGCCCAAGUCCAGAACCAGUCUUCAGAUGGUAAGACGAGUCUGUCGAGCAGACCUUCCAGUGACACAUUGCGGCCAAGCAGCGCACGUUCGCACUCGCUGGCUAGGAGGAUGGUUGGUGCAUCAGCCAAGAGUAUAGGAAUGAUAGGUCCCGCUGCUCUCAAAGGAAUGAUGGUUGAUAUUCCUCUCGCCUUAACAGAAGGUCUCAAGUCAGUGCCACAACACUACGAUGGCGGCGUGCGAGAUCAUGGACCCGUGACUGGUGUCAAGAGCGGCAUGGUAGUUGCAGGGAAGACGCUCGCCUGGGGCCUCGUUGAUGGUGUAUGCGACGUUUUGGUGCAGCCAUACAAGGGGGCAAGGAAGGAGGGUGUCUUGGGGGCUGUCAAAGGUUUCGGAAAGGGAGCUAUAAGCCUCACGACCAAGAGCGGAGCUGGUAUGUUUGGUGUGUUUGCGUAUCCCAGUGCAGGCAUUAGCCAGAGUAUUCGCACGGCGGUACAUAGCUCGACGCGGAAAGUGAUAGCUCGUGAGAUUCAUCGGGAAGGCGAGUGGAUGAUUAGGGGCGAGAGAGGACUGCAGUUAGAUCAGGAUGAUCUGCUGCAUAGAUUCCAGCAAUACCUGCGUCGUAAAUAG